AGCGGAUAUGAUUAUGGGCAUAUUUAGCGCUGUAGGACUUGCUAUGGGCACCUACACCCUACCAAAUAUGUUUCGACCUACUGACGGCUAUAAGCCCAACGAAGCUUCAUUCAGCAACACACUGGAUUCAUUCGACCUCAUCUGUGAUACUUUCAAAUACCUAAGUGCCCUUUUCAAAAACAGUAACGACACACUCAAAUUACCCCAGUAUAGCCUCCCAUCGGCACUUCAAACCUCAAACCUUUUUGAUUCAUAGCCAACUCCGAUUUGGUCCCUCUGUCAACCUGCAUACUUCAAAUCCUCAUGCUUGGGGUAUCUGCCGUGGCCCGGCCAGUAUCGGUGUAGGAAUCCCUUUCAUACUAGCCUCUACUCUCCAUCUUCCUCUUAAGUAUCUACAUCUCCCUGGGCCUUUUAUGCAUAUUGUUAUCGCAAAGGUUUGGGAUGGUCUUCACUCCGUUCUUGCUAUUAUGUGUAUGUCUGCGGGCUGGGUAGAUCUUUGGUCCCUAUUUUCCUUAUCGCUAUUGCUUAAAGGAAGCGCUAUAAAGAGGAGGCUAUAGCCUUUAUAAGGCUUGUUGAAGGAUGUGCUAGAGGAGCUAUAAGGGGUUAGCGGUGCGGUGGUGUACCUGGGGCGCUGUUCUGUGUAACCCACAACCCAAAAAUAAUGCACGCAUAGGGACACCAUUCCUUAUUCCUCUGAUUUCUUUGGUCUCUGUGAUUUCUCUAAUUCGUCUGAUUCCUCAUCGGAAUCCGCUGGUCCAGGAGAGUCCCGGUCGUUCUGUAGUCGUCGAUCUGACGUGGUAUUACGCCUUCUUGGUCUCUCUUCAUCCUCAUCAUCCGAACUAGUGAACAGAGACCACACCACGAACAUGGCGGGGAAUCCCGGGGCGAAAA